CGACGACGAACGAUGGAGCAUCGAGGAGUUUGGCAUGCAUUUUGUUUUCUAAACGCCAUUGGUUUAUGUGUUCUCUAUCUAACUGUACAUGACUUACAACGUGACCGUCCAUUGCCGCGCCCUGUCGCCCGUGUUCACGAGACUUUGUCACCCUAUGGAACGCCCCAUCGUGUGUCACAAGAGGACAGUAUCACAAAUCUCAGCGUUCCAUUAUGUGACGUCAACACACUCGACGGGCUACACAACUUCUCCAACCUCUACCUAGAUUGGAUUUUAUCUGGAACCCGAAAACCUUUGACAAACUCUUGCACUUUGUCAAUCAGGCCUUCUAAUAACAUACAGGACAUUCGUGUCAAACGUUUUUACAAAGCUUAUGACAAACUGAGACUGACACACCUACCUUUUAGUGAAACUUCUCGCGUCGAUAGCUUGGAAAGCGGAAUAGGCUGCGCAGCAAGGCGAAAGUUCACAAACCGGCAAGCUCUUUCGCAUGGGAUGCAUAAAUUUGCAUAUAGGGCCAAGUAUUACGAUCGCGAUGUUGUGGUUAGAACACCGUUUAUAUUCAACACAUUUUCCAAAGCAUGUCUGUUGCAAGAGAAAAAGUCGCUACCCACAUGCUACGCAGCAUUGAGCCGGUUUUUCAUAGAGGAAAUUUGGUAUCAUCAAAUAUUGCGUCAUACAAGUAUCAUUAAGUUACUGGGUUUCUGCGUCCCCAACAAACUCUUUGACGGCACAGUGGACACGACAGUUACCAUGGUAACUGAGGUGGGGGUACCUCUCCAACUGUCCAACAUGACAUGGGACCAGAAACUACAGUUCAGUUAUGAAGUAGCGGAAUUAAUGGCCUUUGCCAGUCAACACCCAAACGGGUCAGUAGAAUUUGGGGAUUUUGCCCUGCACCAGUUUGUUAUGGUGAAGAACAAGCCUCAGUUCGUGGAUAUGGAGGCUUUCAGAAUCGGAGAUAUACCGUGUCACAGCAUGGAUGACUGUGCCUCAAAACACUGGAAUUCACGAAAGAGAGCAAUAAGGGUUCCAUGCGUUAAUGGUUUUUGUGUAGGACUGAAUGAGAAACUAAACGUAUGGAUGUACAACUUUCGUCUACUAGAAAAAUACAUUCUGCCGGAAGCCCCACUCGCCUUCAGAGAGCAGCUGGACAAGAUAGUGCGAAAAGCAGACGAAGGGAAAUGUGGAAUCGAGGUUAUAAAAGAUAUACUGAGGAGAAUGAGAUUAGCCAGGCCUUAUUAGCAGCUUCAAAGGGGCCGUAGCGAUAGUCCGAAGGUUCAAUAGUCCGAAGGUUCAUUGGUCCGAAUGUUCACUAUAGA